GGUGUCUUCUGUUCUUCAGGUCUCAUAGACAACCACAGAAACACCCAUGGGGAUGUGCCACGACCGCUGUCUUCUGCUCCACGGAUGUGGAGCAACAGCACACAGCCCCCAUUCAGCAGGAGGGGAGCGUUCUCAGCCCGGUAUCCCCAGCUGCAGCCUCCCAGGGACUUCCAGCCACGUCGAGCUCACUCUUGGAGGAAGAAAUACUCCCUUGUGAACCAGCCAUCAGGACCAGGGUGUGAUGUUGGGAGUGCCACCACGUCCAGGGCUUUUGGGAGCAAUGAAGAGAUCCAGGCAGCCAUGCCAUCAGCAGUGUCCCCAGAGAGACAGGUGGACUUAACCACAGAUGGGAACAUUGUUGUGGGCAUCCAGGUGACACAGAAGACUGGUCUUGUAGGUACUGAAAGAUUUAGUGAUGUGAGUGUUUAUUGUGAUGUUUCUGGGCUUAAAACAGAGCUUGUUGCUCCAGGUGAUGGUAAUGUGCAGGAUUCUUCCAUCCCUCUGUACACAAACCAAGAAGAAGAGCCAAAGCCUUCUCUCUCUGUUUCAUUUAGCUCGUCUCACCGCGUUGUCAGCUCAUCGUACCUGUUUGACAAUCCCAGGAAGGUGCACCUGGCUGAAAGCUCCAGAAGUGCCAGCGAAAGCGCUGUCACACUGAAAACAGAGCCACAGCCACUGUCAGCUCUGCCGAGCUGUGAGCAGGCUCAGCAAUCAAUGUGGUGGAAGCCAGAGCCACCCGCUCUGGAGCAGUGCAGCUGGGAGCAAGUCGGGGACGUUCACAGAGAGCCAAAGCUUUUUGGAAAUGCAGAGAUGCAGUCUAAACCGACUCAGGCACUGACUUCGACAGUUGUCAUGUCUCCAGUGAAGAACAAGUUUUCUGUAAUCCCCAAAGUUUCCAGUCUCCAAAGAACUGCCUCGGUGACGGUCUCCAGUAAAGCUUCAAAGUUCAGGAAAACCAAUUAUACCUGGGUUGCAAACCCUAAUAAGUGCUCUCGUCCUGUGAAGAGAUGGAUCAGCCCGAGAGCUUCUGACAGCGCUAAGAAGAUCACUGGUGGAGCUGAGAGAGGUUCAAAAAUAUCUCCCAAGACAGAUUUGGGAGCAAAGGUGAAGAAAUUGGGGCUGCAAUCCAAAGUGGGUGUUUCUCCCAGCAAGUAUAAGUGGAAAGCUUCCAGCCUGCAGACUUCACCCUCCACAUCCAAGUCAGCGUUCAGGUGGCAGUCGGAGGAUCAGAAGAGGUCCUCAGCCUUCAACCUGCUGCCUCCCAACGAUACAUCAGUUGGAGUGAAUCCCUCCUUGGGUGAGGCUGUGCUUACCAGUUAUAAAGUGAAGAGUCGGACAAAAAUCAUCAAGAGGAAGGCAAGCUCAAGCUACCCAGCGGAUAAGAAGAGCAGUCCCUUGCUCACCACACCACUGAAAAGCCCCUUCCAUCCCAAGAAGAAAAACACCCUGCGGGGAAAAGCUUCUGUGACUCCAAAACGCUCCUCGCCCAAGGGGCUGGUGCAGAUCACCAAGCACAGGCUCUGCAGGCUGCCGACUGCCAGGAAUCAGAGCUCCUCCAGGGAAGGGAUCCCCCAGGACUUGACAGAUGCUCCUUCGUGUGCCAUCAGCAGCUCUGCACGGGGAGGCAGCUGCCAGGCAAUGUACAGCUGCUUUGCUUCUUCAGCUGGCAGAGAAAUUCAGCAAAAGUCCUAACAGCUCUGAAAUUGCAGAAUGAACUUUGGUUGUCGCUUGGUGAAGGUUGAGCACUAAGUUGGUGAGCUGGAAGGCUGUGAUACUCUUGUGGCCAGCAAAGAAACUGUUGGGUGCUAAAACAGAGAUAGGGAAUGCUGCCCUGAAAAUAUCCUACUUUUAUGUGAGGGUCUGGGUGGGACUUGAGGCAGCUCAGACGUUCCUCAUUUUGUGGAAAUGGAAAGUCACAAACUGAUGGCAGUAUUUGGGUUGUUCUCGCUGUGAGUGGCACACAUGGAGCUGUCAUAAAGUAACUCUGAAAUAUUCCUCUGAAUAUGGGAUGAGUGAGGAUGCUCAGGAUUGGGAUAUGUCCCAAACUGAAGUUGAUCUAAUGGGAUGGCAUUUCUAAUGCAGAUACCUGCAUAAUCCACAGAAGGUUUGUGCUGGGGCUGUUUGUACACAGGAAGAUCUCAAAUGUGUGACCAAAGCAAAGAGGAAUGGAAAAUGUUGAGCCAAAUUAAUGUUGAUAAAACAGCCUUUAGAUUUUGGACUUCUUGACUACUUAGUACUUAAUAUUAAUGGAUCAUUAAUAUUAAAGUGUUCUUUUCUUUUUCCUUCCUGUUUAAGUUCUUAAGCUCUUUUUGAAGGGAAGGAGAACUUGGAGAUAAUUGCUUUGUUGGAAGCUGUGAACUCACUCAGGUGCCAACCCUGCGGCUUGAUGAAGCUGAUGGCAUCCCAAUUUAUGCAUGGUGUCCACUUCAUUUGGAAUCUGGACCAGACUCCUGCCUAAACAUGCUUCAUCUAUGCAUUUUUCUAUAGAGGGGGCAGACUGGGCUGUAUAGAAGAGGUACAGUUUAAUAAUUAAGAUCUGAGUGGAGUUUCCACUGAUUGGUCUCCCAACUGUUUGGUGUGGUUUUUUUUUGGGGGGGGGGGCAUUGACACCAAAAGUUUUGAUGCAGAGAAUAAACCCUGGACUCCUGCUCAGUCAUUUACAGAGCAGCUUUCCUGCCAAUAAUGGUAUGUUGUAAUUAUGUUGUCUAAAUGGCAAAUGUCUAUCCUGAAUUGGCCUUCCCUUGCUUAUUUGUUACAGCAAGCAGCCAACGUAAUAAAAUAGUGAGAUGCAUGCUGGAAUGGCACUGCUUCAGACUGUUUGGCCAGGUGUUGUUGGAUGAGGUUGAGCAGCAACAGUUAGGUUUUUUGUGAAGAUGGAGUUAUCCCCCACCAAAGCAUGGUGAUAUCAUCAUCUGGUGAUACGUUUGAAGGCCAAAUCCUAACUUUUGAGUUCUGCCCGACCCAAAAGUGGUGACAAAGGGAUGUUCCUGUUCUUCCUAUACUGCAGGUGUGGAUACACCCCUUUUUAUUUCUACCAACAGCCACCUGGGAGCAAUAAGGGUGACAACUGGUGUCUUGCAGGAUGAGGCCCCUUCUCAGCUCAUUUAAAGACAGAUGAGUGGUUGCAAUUGCAAGCUGCAAAAAUCAGUGCUUGCCCUCCAUGCAGUGGCACUGCUCUGGUCGAAUUCUCCCUGCUUGGACUUU